GAGCAAGAGAGAUAGGGGGAGAGAUCGCAUUCUUAUCACGUCUUCAUUUCUUUUCUCUCCUCUUUCGGUUCAGCCACUAAGAGAGGGUGAGGAAAAGGGGGAGAGGAAAAGAGAGAGAGAGAGGGGAGAGAGUGAGAACGAGAGAGAAAAGGAGAGAGAGAAGAAGAAGAGGAGGCGAAAGGGAGAACGAGAGAUUUACCAGAUUCAAACUAGUGAUCUUUUUUUUUCCCCCGAUGCUUUCCAAUUGCUCAACAAAACUAAGCCCGGCAACGGACCGGGAGACGCGGGACGCACCGGGCAACGACAGGACCCAUCACCGCAGGAGGAGGAUAUGUGAAGUUGGAAUCCCGCUAAACUAAUGCUGUGAAGUGGCUCUGUCCCUGGAGCUGAAACUUCAUCGCCGUGGUGUCAGCGAGGAUGCUGUGGGUUACCUUGCUGAGCACCAUAGCCUUAGGAUGGACCACACCAAUCCCACUGCUGGAGGACUCGGAGGAGAUCGACGAGCCCUGCUUUGAACCGUGCGACUGCGAGGUCAAGGAAGGCAUCUUCCAUGUCCAUUGUGACAGUAAAGGAUUUACAAAUGUCAGCCAGAUCUCUCAAAUUUGGAGCCGACCCUUCAAGCUCAACCUGCAGAGGAACUUAAUGCGGAAGCUCUACUUCAACAGCUUCCUCCAUCUUAACAAUGCCAUAUCCAUCAAUCUGGGUAACAACGCCUUGCAAGAUAUACACGCUGGGGCAUUCAAUGGCUUGGGAAUACUUAAACGACUGUUUCUCCAUGAAAACAAACUAGAAGUUUUCCGAAACGACACAUUUCUGGGGCUGGAGAGUCUAGAAUAUCUCCAAGCAGAUUACAAUGUCAUUAAAAGGAUUGAAAGUGGUGCAUUCAGGCACCUUCAUAAAUUAAGAGUACUUAUAUUAAAUGACAAUCUCAUACCCAUGCUGCCGAAUUACCUUUUCCGGUCUGUGUCCCUAACACAUUUGGACUUGAGAGGUAACAGACUAAAGACAUUGCAGUAUAAAGGCACACUGGAGUAUGUUGGGCGGAGCUUGAUGGAAAUCCAGCUGGAGGAAAACCCUUGGAACUGUGUGUGUGAGAUUGUCCAGUUAAAAACAUGGCUAGAGAGAAUCCCUUACACAGCUUUGGUGGGAGAGAUCACAUGUGAGACCCCGUUCCACCUACAUGGAAAAGACCUGCGGGAAAUUAAACGCAGUGAGCUCUGUCCUCUUCUCACCGAUGCAGAGAUUGAGGCCAAGCUGGGAAUUCCUCGGGUGCCAUUCAGCAAUGAGAACACUUGGCCUACUAAACCUUCAUCCAUGCUCUCCCCCUUUCACAACACAGCCUCUUCUGUGGAGUACAGGGACAAACCUGCGAAGCCUACCAAAAAGCCUACCAGACGGCCCACAAAGAAUCCACCAACUCCUCGUAGCAUUUAUCCAGGCCUCAACCAGCCCCCCAUUGCUGGCUACCAAACAAGACCACCCAUUCCAAUAAUCUGUCCAGCUAAUUGUAUUUGCAACCUUCACAUCAAUGACCUUGGGUUAACAGUAAACUGCAAAGACAAAGGCUUUCACAACAUUUCAGAGCUUCUGCCACGACCCCUCAAUGCCAAGAAAUUGUAUCUCAGUGGGAACCUGAUACAGAAGAUCUACCGUUCAGAUUUCUGGAACUUCUCAAGUUUGGAUUUACUACAUUUAGGGAACAACCAGAUAUCCUAUGUCCAGGAGGGUGCGUUUAUCAACUUGCCAAACUUAAAAAGUUUAUAUUUGAAUGGUAAUGACAUUGAGCGGCUCUCUCCUGGUAUGUUUCGUGGACUUCAGAUGUUGAGCUAUCUUUACUUUGAAUACAACGUCAUCCGUGAGAUCCAGUCUCAUUCUUUCUCCCUAAUGCCCAACCUGCAAUUGGUUUUCCUCAAUAAUAACCUGUUGAGGUCAUUACCCAAUGAUGCCUUUGCUGGCACCAACCUUGCACGUCUUAAUCUUCGCAGAAAUCACUUUGUUUCCCUGCCAGUUCAUGGUGUCCUGGAGCAUCUGACUUCCAUCGUCCAGAUCGAUCUCCAUCAGAAUCCCUGGGAUUGCUCGUGUGAUAUCAUCCCUCUCAAACAAUGGCUGGAAAAGCUAUCCUCCGUCAUUGUGGUGGGGGAAGUCACCUGCAACACACCAGAGUAUGCUUUUGGAAAGGACCUGCGUUCACUUGAGGUAGAGGUAAUCUGUCCUGAGCUGAAGUACUCUUCAGGUCCCUCUCCAGCUCUGCCUGGUGGGGAUGACCUCACCACAGGGAGUUCUGAAAUGGGGGAAUCAAGUAGGAGAGGGGCUGUUCCACUGUCGGUUCUCAUCCUCAGUCUGCUCAUCCUCUUCAUUUCAGCGGUGUUUGUUACUGCUGGGCUCUUUGCCUUUGUCCUCCGUCGCAGAAAGAAGCUACCUUUCCGGAAACGUUCUGAGGUGGACCUGACUGGGAUCCAGAUGCAGUGCAGGAUUUUUGAGGAUCCGCCGAGGCAAAGCUGUGCUGGCAACCCGGGCACGCCGGAGAAACCAACACCCAGUUUGCACACACAUUCGCACACUACUCACACACAUGGUCAUGGCCACGUUUAUGAUUACAUCCCGCACCCUGUGACUCAAAUGUGUAACAACCCUAUCUAUAAGCCAAGAGAAGGAGAGAUUGCUGAGGAGGAGAUGGCACAGUUUUCAGAAAAGAAAGACAAUGGCAGCAGUAGCAACAGUAACUAUAGAACCUUGUUGGAGAAAGAGAGAGAGUGGACCUUGGCGGUCUCCAACUCUCAGCUCAACACUAUUGUUACGGUCAACCACACCACAGCGGACAUUUCAGGAUUUCAUGAGAAUGGAGGGCUCUGCCCCACAGUGAUUGACAGUCAGAGGCCCACGCCAACAGUGGGCUUUGUAGACUGUUUGUAUGGGACAGUGCCCAAAUUAAAGGACAUGCAUGUUGCACAUGCGCAUCCACCAGGCAUGCAGUACCCAGAUUUACAGCAGGACGCACGGCUGAAGGAGACGUUGCUUUUCACAGCCGGGAAAGGCUGCUACCAUGAUCCCUCCCAAAGUGAUUACCUCGAGUUAAGGGCCAAACUUCAAACCAAGCCAGAUUACCUCGAAGUCUUGGAAAAAUCCUACCGUUUUUAAUAACUUUGUAGCCCGGUAGAAAAGAACAACAAAAAAACCCCAACAUGAUUUUGUCAUUUUCACUAUGCCACCUGACAGACAAAAUUACUUAGACCAAUCUUCAAGCAAAAUUUGAUAAAACAGCAUGAAUUAAAAUAAAUAUGUGUAAUUAAACAGUCACAAAGCCCCCACUCCCACUUAAAUCACCUUUGAGGAGAGGUCAUUCUCAGAUGUUUCAAUUAAGUGCCUUUUUUUCAGAGUAGCCAGCAACGUCAACCGUUAUUUUUAUAAUAUAUAAAUAUCUCUAUAUGCCCUGAAGAAAGCAAAGGAGAAAAAAAUGGGGCUCUGGGAAAUAAAACACAUGAACCAUGUUACAUCUGUCACUAAAAUCCAUUUGUAUGGAGCUAACAUGAUGUGCUACUAGUUACCAUGAGGACAAACGGGAGCUGGACGUCUCCCUUACUUUUUUUUUCUUUUUCUUUUUUUUCUUUUUCCUCUCUUAUUAUUCAACUAGGAUGUACAAACACCUGGAAUCUGUGCACAUUUUUUUCUUUGUAGGACAUUAUCAAAAGAGUUAAAAAAAAACAAAAAAAAACUUAUAUUCAAACUGAACUGCAGUUUGCUGCAUGCACUCGCUUCAGUGCAGGAAGUGAGAGGAUUUACUCAGAACUAUCACGUCACUCUAUGAACAGAGAUACCGCAACACAUUUAUGGUUCAGUGUUCUAUUUAAUUUUUUAUAUCUUAUUAAUAUGGUUAUUACUAUAAAUGAAGACUUAUGUCUAUAUCAGGGUGCUUCUUGUAAAGAAAAAGGAAGCGCCAAUACAGGGAUGGUAAAACAUUUGUGAAUAUUAUUACGAGACCAUACUGAAAAGGGUUUUCUGAAUAUUUCCCCACUCUUUGUUAUGGCCCCACCCCCUCUUCCCUUCUCAUUGCUUCUGGAGUUCCCAUUGCAGUCCACUAACAGCUUUGUAGUGAGCACUUUUAAUGUUUUCUCUUUCACAAAGAUUUGAAGAAAAAAUGUGCAUAUAUUUAUUCUGUAAUUUCAGUGAAGAAUUUUAUUGUAAAGAUAAUGUUAAAUCAAUGUAUAGUGAUUAUGCGUCUGGUAUAGCCUUCUUAAUAAAAACAAACUCUUUAAUCUAA